AUGGGGAGACUUGGGAAGACGCUAGCUGGCCGAGGAACGUAUUUCAAAGUGAUGACGUCUGCAUUAUUUUCCAUGCUUUGGAUAUCUAGUGCUUGGCUCCCGCCCAGCCUCCACACGCAGACUGUUUUAUGGUUCAAUUGUUUGAAGAUUAAAUGGACAGCUGAUUUCAAUGAUUUGAUGAUUACUUCUGGAAGGAGAGUUUGAACAUCUGGCGUUUACUAGCAAAAGGACGAAGAAGCAAGUUUUUAUUGGAGGAGACUGUGAAAUAUAUAGAGGCGACAUCCUGUCAUGAAAAUGUACUGGUAUAGGAACAGCUGACUGCACGUCGUUGAGAAUUCCUCCUGCAAGGAACGACUUAUUCCUAGGCACGCCUUGGAUAACGCUUGGUAUUCUGGGAGCAUACCUAUAUUUCGUGAAAGUGUUCGGGCCGAAGUUUAUGGAACACAGGAAGCCCUACAACAUUGAUCGCAUCGUAUUGGCGUACAACAUUAUACAAAUUUGUUGGAAUACGUAUAU